GCUUUGUCUUCGUCUUUCAUUCUGCAUUUUGAUUCCAAAUUGUCUCCCUCAUUUUACAUUACUGGUAAGCUUUUGCCAUGACGACGCGACUCGUCAUUAUGUACACUCGGCUCUUACUGUUUCUGUAUACAGUCUAGUCCAACGCUGUAUAGCAUUUAUCUAUUCUUAUCGCCCUUCAUUCCAAAGACAGCCUUUUAUCUCUUUUUUUUUUCCUCCUCAUCUGAAUGCUCCAUCGGUCUCUUACCAAACGACAAACCGAUAUUACCACUCUGCAAAGCGAUCAUGACUGGAAAAAGAACAGACGUUAUGGCAUUGUUAUCGAUGCAGGCUCUUCCGGUUCAAGAGUCUAUGUUUAUUCGUGGAAGGAUCAUGAACAUGUAAAGUCCAUCACGCCACCCGAGCAACUUAGAGGAAAAAUCCCUAUUGUGGAACGAGGUGAUCAACACGGACUCAAAUGGACUCAUCGUCAAGAACCCGGCAUUUCUACAUUUGGAUCCAAACCUAGUGAGAUCGGUGAACAUCUCCGAACGUUAUUGAAUUUUGCCAAAGAAGUGGUGCCUGAAGAAAAUUAUACCACUACACCUGUAUUUCUCAUGGCCACCGCUGGCAUGCGUCUUUUGCCAGAAUCAGAACAGGCGACCGUGCUCGACGCCACUUGCGCAUAUAUUCGUGACAACUACCCAUUUUUUAUGAGCGACUGCAAUACGCAUAUUAAAAUUAUUCCGGGCGAAUUGGAAGGCGUCUAUGGUUGGGUAGCGACCAACUACCUGAUGGGUGGAUUUGAUCUCAGUAUUCAAAACUAUAUCGACAAUGACGAGGGUCAACGAGAGACUCACCACACGUUUGGUUUCUUGGAUAUGGGAGGCGCAAGCACGCAAAUUGCAUUUGAACCUGAACAUCAUCAAAAGGAGGAGCACAAAAGUCACUUGGCCAAAAUUCAUCUUCGCACAUUGGAUGGCCGAUCCGUGGAUUAUGACGUCUUUGUUACUACCUUUUUGGGCUAUGGUAGUAAUGAAGCGCGACGACGCUACUUGGAAGAACGCGUUAAGCAGAUGUACGCUCAGGAAAGCGGGAAAAAUGUGCUAGACGAACAUCACAGUCUUCAUUUGGACGAACCUUGUCUUCCUGUGAAUUUGAACAUCACCGAUGCUCAUUCCACCAGUGUCCCGCUCACGUUGCAUGGAACGGGAAAUUUUACGCAAUGUCUGGAAGCCACGUCGCCAUUGUUGAACAAAGAUGCGGAAUGUAAAACGGAGCCUUGUCUUUUCAAUGGAGUUCACACACCUCACAUCGAUUGGUCCGUCAAUAAGUUUGUAGGAAUCUCGGAAUACUGGUAUUCGUCUCAUGAUAUUCUCGGUCUGGGAGGCGUUUAUGACUUUAAAGAGUACGAAACCAAGGCAAGCGAAUACUGUGCCAAGGAUUGGACCGUGCUGAUGUCGGAGCAUAAAGAUUUGAGCGUCGUCGAAGUUCAGAGAUACCAGCUGCAAUGCUUCAAAUCGGCCUGGAUCGUGAAUGUCUUGCAUAAUGGUAUCGAAGUGCCGCGUAUCGUCGAUCCCGGUGGACAUCUCAGCGAUGAUGCCAAACUUCUUGAACAAUCCAUCGAAAGCGUUCAAUCCAAGAACUGGACAACGCCGUUCCAGAGUAUCGAUACCAUCAACGAUAUUCAGGUCUCCUGGACACUUGGCCACAUGGUGCUCCACGUAACGAAUCAGAUCCCCUUGCUGGACUAUCCUAAUCAGUUAAGCGGCCACAGCACCGACGACGAAGGGCCACAUCAAAUUGUAGAUGGCGUUGAAUUACCUGAACCAGGCGAUCAUGAUCACAGUCGUCCCAUUGCCGAGAUUUCUCCAAGCAGCAAACCCGGGCUUCUGGACAGCCUGUGGAUGGACACUUCGGUCUUUAGUAUUGGCAUCAUGUUGGUCAUGAUUGCUUGCAUUGGGUUCAUCUGGUAUCUUUAUAACAAUUCGCGACGGAAACGACGAUUCGAUGGCGAUUAUCGACGACUGGAUGGCGGAUCCAACGGCGGACUUUUAGGAGUCAGUACCGGUACGACGGGCCAGUCGACGCUGGGUAGUGUGAAGAAUGCACUGUCGUCCACGAUAUCACGGAGCGCGGUUUUAUUGCGGUAUUGGACAUCACGGUUGCUGCGAGGUAGAGGCAUGUAUGUCAACGCGAACAAUGGACCAUCCGAUCCACCGAUUGUUACGGAACCCAUCAACUUGAAUGACAGUGUCAGCAUCAACAUGAACAUGAAUACGCCCAACGACAACACCAACGGAUCAAGAACAACGCUGGGACCUUCAAAAAAAUCGCACAGCUUUGUGUCCAGGAAAUAUUGGAGCAAAAAACGGUACAGCGGUGACAGUCAUAAUAUUGGAAUGCUGAUAGCGAACGGGAAGCCCGGUAGCUAUCAUGGAAGUGAAGGGUCAGGAACCUUGCCAUUCCGUAGUUCAUCAUCAGCAUUUGGUCUGGCGAAUCGGAGCAGCAGUACUUCGAAUUUAACAGCGCGUACAGGCAGUUCACCAAACCUGCAUGGUCUCUCGACAAUGUCCAUCGAACGAGCUCCUUCGCCUUUAGCCGGUGAAGCCAUGGGUGCCUCGGCUAGUCGACCCACAUCACGAAUUGGAUUUGCGAUUCAUGAAUUAUCUGACGAAGAUGAGUAUGCUCUUAGUGAUGGUCCACUCUCGACCCGGCAGCACCGAGAAGCUCCCGGUACGACUGCGGCCUCCACUCAUGCUUGGCUUCCCAGCGACUCCAGUCCCCGUGGUAGUCCUCGAGCUAGUCUUGAUGAUCGAAGGAAACCGAUAGAAAAGAAUACGUAAAAAAAAGCUAGACCUUUUGUAUAAUUUCCAUCUUUGCAUGGAAUGUUCAUUUAUCAUUUUUUUUCUUCUUUUUACACAUAUUAUACCACAUAAAAUCGUCAUUAAUUUUUUAUUCAAUCC